CAGGAGGCAGGCACAUCUUCAUCGGACAAUGAAGCAGUGAAGUGUGUAACUGGAGACAUAUUGGCGAUGUAGAAGCAGAAAUGGGUGGUGUAGAGCGCGUUUGAGGAGCUGUCAACUAGUGGCAUGCGUUUCAGAGAAAUGAAAGGCUAACCACUGGAGAUACUCAUAUUAAGUUUGUGAUGGAUUUCAACAUGACCCCCAAUUUCAGUGAUGAGUUUAAUUCAUCUCAACAUUUAAAUGCAGACACUGACGAACAGUAUCACAAUGUUCUCAUGCCUAGCAUUUAUGGUGUCAUCUGCUUUGUCGGCAUUAUAGGCAACUGCAUUGUCAUCUACACCAUUGUGAAAAAGACAAAGUUCAGGGCCCAACAGACAGUGCCUGACAUCUUCAUCUUCAGUCUAUCCAUCGCAGAUCUUCUGUUUCUCCUAGGCAUGCCGUUCCUCAUCCACCAGCUGGUGGGAAACGGUUCCUGGUGUUUUGGUGCCACCAUGUGCACCGUCAUCACAGCGCUGGACUCCAACAGCCAGAUCGUGAGCACCUACAUUUUAACAGUCAUGACGUUGGACCGAUACUUGGCGACAGUUCAUCCCAUACGCUUCAACCACAUUCGCACUCCAUGCGUGGCCGUGGCGGUCGUUGGCCUGGUGUGGAUCCUCUCACUGCUGUCCAUCACACCGGUGUGGAUGUACGCCGGCCUCAUGCCUCUACGAAGCGGUUCAGUGGGAUGCGCUCUGCUCCUUCCUAAUCCGGCUACAGACACCUACUGGUUUACUCUCUACCAGUUUGUGCUGGCAUUCGCUUUGCCAUUGGUGAUCAUUUGCGUGGUUUUUUUCAAGAUCCUCCAGAACAUGGCGGCCACGGUCGCCCCACUUCCCCAGCACAGCCUUCGCUUGCGCACCAGAAAGGUCACUCGGAUGGCCGUUGCCAUAUGCCUGGCAUUCUUUAUUUGCUGGGCGCCUCAUUACAUCUUGCAACUGGCACAUCUGAGCGUGCAACGGCCCAGUUACGCCUUCCUCUACGCCUAUGACAUCGCCAUUAGCAUGGGCUACGCCAACAGUUGCAUUAACCCGCUUCUCUACAUCAUUCUCAGUGAGACCUUCAAAAGACAAUUCAUCAUAGCCAUCCGGCCAGUGCACAAAGACUUCCGGGCUGAUCCGGGAACGGCCGACGGAAGCGCCAGUCUUCGUUUGGCCCCUGACGGAGUGCAGCAGUCCCAGUCCUCUCGGGAGCUGUUGCCAGUUACCGUGGCUGUACCCUGAAACUAUUAUCUCACUAGAAAUCCUGGGAAACUGCAGACACAUUUUUGUGUCUAUAAUAAGUAUACAGCUGAAAAGAAUCCGUGGGUUUAAAUGGAUCUGUGAUUACACAUUUUCCUUGUCAUAUUUCUGUGAAGUGAAAGAGAUAUGAUACGCAACCC